GAGAGGUUUAAAGUUCUCUGUGCUUUACACUUUGUUUAAAUUGUAUUUAAAUUUAAAUUUCUAAACUUUUCUUAGAAUGUUAAGCUUCAUUUAAUCUCUCUUUUGAUUUGCAGAAAUCAGCACUGGCUAGAGAAUGAUGCUGAGAUUCAGAGAACAGGGCUGGAAGUAAACCACUUAUUACCAACCCAAGAGCGGUGAAGAAGUGUACCAGAUAUUUUGACUGUGAUCUGAAUCGUGUUUUUGACCUUGAAAAUCUUAGCAUGGCAAAAAGAUGUCAGAGGAUUUUCCAUAUGAAGUGAAAAGAACACAAGAAAGAAAUCAUUUAUUUGGUCCAAAAAUAGUGAAGAUUCCUAUGACAUCAUUUAUGACCUUCACAACACAACCUCUCACUUGGGGUGCACCCUUAUUCUUGAAGAUUCCAGGACUGACUUUUUAAUUCAGAUGUUUCAUUAUUUUAAGGUAUAGAAGUUGAUCACCAACUCCAAUGUGUUCUGCAAGCUGAUAUUUUGGAUGAAAUAAGAAAAAUGAUAAAACAUGUUCUUGAUUUUAUAUAUCAGUUCAAUGAAGCAAGUUGGGAGAAUGGAUGGAGGCAACCAGAGUGGGGACUCUGAGUUCCUGCUCAUGGGGAUCUCAGAGAUUCCUGAGCAGCAGCGGAUCCUGUUCUGGACAUUUCUGCCCAUGUACCUGGUCACUGUGGCGGGAAAUGUGCUCAUCAUCCUGGCCAUUGGCUCUGACUCCCACCUGCACACCCCCAUGUACUUCUUCCUGGCCAACCUCUCCCUCACUGACCUCUUCUUUGUCACCAACACAAUUCCCAAGAUGCUGGUGAACCUUCAGUCCCAGAACAAAGCCAUCUCCUACACAGAAAUCUUCUUCCUGGUCUCCUUGGUGGCCCUGGACAAUCUCAUCCUGGCAGUGAUGGCAUAUGACCAUUAUGUGGCCAUCUGCCACCCUCUCCACUAUGUCACAGCCAUGAACUCUAAGCUUUGUAUCCUGCUACUCACCUUGUGUUGGGCCCUAUCUAUCCUCUAUGGCCUCAUCCACACUCUCCUCAUGACCAAGGUGACUUUCCGUGGAUCCCGGAAAAUCCAUUACAUCUUCUGUGAGAUGUAUGUCCUGCUGAGGCUUGCAUGUUCCAACACCCAGAUCAACCACACCGUGCUGAUCACCACAGGCUGCUUCAUCUUCCUCACCCCACUAGGGUUCAUGAUCAUGUCAUACGUCUGCAUUGUCAGAGCCAUCCUCAGAAUACCCUCAGUCACUGGAAAGUACAAAGCCUUCUCCACCUGUGCCUCCCAUUUGGCUGUUGUCUCUCUUUUCUGUGGGACACUUGGCAUGGUGUAUCCGCAGCCCCUGCAUACCUACUCCAUGAAGGAUGCAGUAGCCACAGUGAUGUAUGCUGUGGUGACCCCCAUGAUGAACCCUUUCAUCUACAGCCUGAGGAACAAGGACAUUCUCUCUGGGAAGAAUCCUCCUAGGGAAAGCCUUCAGAGGUCAACACGAGGGUAACUUGAAGUGGAAACUGGGAGUAUCCUCUACCCUAUAUAAGUCCUGUAGAGGGAUA